UUCCGCGCCCCCAUCGAAGCAAUCGACCGACGAUGGCGAUGGAGCCUUGAAUCCCAUCACCAACGUCACCCAAAAGGACGGCAAGGAGCCAUGCGCCCGUCGGCAGCCGCACCCCGAACCGUAUCGAACGUGCGGCCAUGAGAAAAGCGACAGUCGAAUGGCUGCAUACACACGGGAACCAGCAUCUGGGAUCUGAGCCAACAGUCCGAGCUACUCAGUCACAUCGACACAGACACUUGCCAACACUUGAGCCGCUCAAUUGGCAAGGCGGAGGGAGCGCCGUGUUGAGGCUAUAAGAUGGAGGAGUCUUCCAGCGGGCAGAGUCCAUCUCGACCGACGACGGCACGCUUCGUCACAUCGCUGUCCGACUUCCACCUGCCUCAGCGAUCGCCCACGGCGGGCCAUCAAGGCCAUCAGAACCACCACCACUACCACCAACUCAGCCCUGGGUCGUCGUCUUCCGCAUCAUCGCAUACCCCCUCACAACCGUAUUUGACGGGUGGGCAUUCGCCCAGUGGCUUCGACGUCGAGAAUGGGGGCGUAGCGAGCAUGCCGCUCCUCAGGAGGGCCGCUGCUGCCAAUGGCGCUCGCAUGCGAAGGACCAGCAUGCUGGGCCGGGAAGUCCUCGGCAGGGGUGCCCGUGGAUCGAUGAGUGAAGACGACGAAAACGAGAGACGCGGAGAGGACGAUGAGAUGCGGGGUCAGGCCGCCGUCUCGCCAACAUCGACGACGACGUUGACGAGAGGACAGCUGAUGAGACGGCGCGGACCUCUGCAGCGGGAGGAGUCGCCCACACUGCGUGGAAGGUCAUUUGCAGCAAGGGAGAAGAGGAAUCUGGACCAGAAAGACAAGCGCGAAGAUGACAUUGACGACGAGGAUGAUGACAUGGAAGUCGAUACGGGCGACGUCACACUCUCGGGAAUCGAGAUGCGAGACAAGUCGUCCGCCGUGGCAGCCGGCCCUUCAACACCGCCCUUGCAUCCCACCAUGCUGAGCAGCAGUCACGACAACAACAGCUCGCCCCUGCCUCGGACGGGUGUCGUGCGGAGGGCUGUCAACCGGCGAGCCAACCUGAUGCCAAAAGACAGAGGCAUGCUGAGGGUAGCUGCCACGUUGCGAGACGAGUCGAGGCCAUCAGAUGUGGAAAUCGCCUCAGAAGCCAAGCUGCAGCGCAAGCUUGGGCCGGACUCCGAUGCGCCCUUAGUCAACCGCCUUGGAUCGCCAGCCCAUUGGAAUCCGGCUGGCGCCGGAGGCAAUGGCGGGACAUACUACCCAGCGGGGGCUGGAAACGACCGUUGGGGUGAUGAAGACGACUUCUCCCACGCUCUUCACCGCGCGGACGAGGUGCUUAGCGAUUUCGGCGACGCAAGUAGCGACGAGGGUGCGACCACCACCACGACAGCUACUCUUGUCGGCCUAGGCGUCGGCCAGACCAAUGGCAUGCUCGAUGCCGAGAGCGAAGCGGCAGAGCGAGGCGCGCCAGGAGGAAGCCGUGGUGGGCCUGGCAAUCUCGGCAUCUCGAUUCCCAAUGCGUCUGGCCUCUCAACAUCGGCCUCGUCGAAAGCGUCGCUCUGGCUUGGCUUUCGUGAGGGCUCGCGGCAGUCGCCGGGCGUAGAGAGGGCCAUGACAAAGUCAAGAAGCUCGACGAUAUCUGUUCAUACGCCCACGGAGGCCCAGCCGACGCUGUCGACUUCGAUGGACGUCGAGCCGCCUCCUUCUGCGUCAAGCAGCGCUGCUACUGCCACUUACCCAGUCACCGCCACGAACAGCAAUGGCGGUGGGCCGGGAGUGGGCAACCAUCCAGCCAGCUCACCCAGCCUCUGGGGAAGAAGCGCGAAGCGCAAGGUCGGCGACGAGCGCUUCGAUCCAUACGCCUCUUCUGCCCUGUACAAGCGCCGGGCAGUUUCUCCAAUCGCCCUCAUCUCCGCGUCGGCCUCUUCUUCGGCGCCCGGUGGUGCAACUGCCACCGUCCGCGCCUCGACGCCGACGACGAGCUCAAUGGCAAGCACCAGCAACGCCGCCCUGAUCUCGCCAUUUGCGCUGCAGACGCACAACACAGCCGGCCUGCCCGUCCCGACGCCCAUCUCGAUUCCCUCUCCGACGCUGGCUCCCCACCACGGAGGCACCUUCUCGACGUCGCCCUACCCCAGGGUGGCUGGGUCCCGGUCCUCGUCGGGCGGCGCGCCGUCGUCCUACUUUGGGGCAAAGGACGUUGCGGUGGGAGGAGGCGCGGGCAUCGGUGUGGCGAUCCCGGGCGCCGUCUCGGCCGCCGCUUCUGCUUCUUCCUCUCGGCCAAUCUGGACGAGGGGCAGCCGCGCCAACUCGCCCGCUGCGCUGGCGUCGACCGUGGGCAGCGGCGGCGGCGGCAGCAGCGGCGGCGGAGGCAGCGUGACGAGGCCGUCGACGCCGACGAAUUCGACGUUCGCGCCGCUGUAUUCUGGGCCGGGGCCGUCGCCUUCGCUGCUCAGCACCAGCGCAGGCAAGCUCGGCACGCCUGGCUCUGCAGCGACGCCCGGUCCAGCGACGAAAAAGGGCGGCAGCGGGCCCGGAUAUGGAAGUGGCGCCCUGGGCCUGAGCUUGGGAGGCGGCAGUAAAGGGUUGAGGGAAGAGGAAGAGGAGGAGAUGGAGGACGAAGGCAUGCUGGGCGACGUCAGUGCGAUUCAGCUGGGCUAGAGAGUGGGAGG